AUGCCGGCGUACUUUUUCCACCUUACCUUCGAGCUGUAUCCCUCGCGCUCGUCGCCGGACAAGACGUUUCUACCUAGCGACAUCUUCGACUCGAAGCUUCCAGCCCAUCGCCGAGCGUCCUGGGGCUCCUAUCCCCCGGCAUCACGCGCAUACAAUAACCUCCCGAAACCCAUAGCUUCUAGCAGUGAGGCCGGCCAAGCUGCUGCUGCCCGUGAUCGCACAUCUACCGCCCGCUGGUUCAGUCAUCGCGCGCGACCAUCCUUCUCAGAUCACCACGAUAGCCCGGUACCCGUUGUCAAACCGCCCAAAAGGCCGGGACACAGGCGAACACAAAGCUUUGCACACAGGGAUUGGCGCUUCGACACCAUCUCCAUACUGAGCAUCGACAUGAACCCGAGCACCGGCACUGAACUCGAUCGAGCCCGCCUCAAGCACCCCUCACACGCGCCAAAUGCCGGUGGUCUUGCGACCAAGGGCAAAUUCAUACCCUCAGAUCUGAAAGACACAGAUGUUGGCUGGGGUGUCGUACAUCUCUAUCGCGAUGGACAGGACACGCCAGGCUUGUACGAUGAGGUGGACGGAGCGAGCAAGGACUUCAACGAGGACGACUGCACUACGCUGUGCAUACUGGCGGUGCCCUCAUACAUGACACCUUCCGACUUUCUCGGCUUCAUGGGCGAGCAGACGAGGGAGGAUGUCUCGCACUUUAGGCUCAUCCGGACAAGCAGAGCGAACAAGUACAUGGUGCUGAUGAAGUUCCGAGAAGCCAAGAAAGCGAGGGCGUGGAGAAAGGAAUGGGAUGGCAAGGCCUUCAAUAGUAUGGAGCCUGAGUACUGUCAUGUCGUCUUUGUCAAGUCGAUCAACUUCCAGAACGGCGACUCAAACCGCGAUCCCACCUCGUAUCCUGACCUCACGAACGAUCCGUUCGCGCCCGCGCCGACCAAACAGCCGACAGCUCCUCUUCCGCCAGCUAGCACCGUACCUUCACCAGUCGACGGACCAUCAAUCGCUACUUCGCUUACCGCGAAACCACACGCUCCACCUACACCUGCUUUGGUAGAGCUACCAACCUGCCCUGUCUGCCUCGAACGCAUGGACGAAACAACUGGCCUCCUCACCAUUCUCUGUCAGCACGUCUUCCACUGCGCCUGUCUCGAGAAGUGGCGGGGCUCAGGCUGCCCAGUCUGUCGGUACACACAAAACGAUGCCUUUACCUCAAAUCGGGGCGCAGACGGCGAGAGUCCAGACAACAAGUGCAGUGUCUGCGGAUCCACACAAAACCUCUGGAUCUGCCUAAUCUGCGGUAACAUAGGAUGUGGCCGCUACGACUCAGCACACGCAUUCGCUCACUACGAAGCAACAAGCCAUACCUAUGCAAUGGAUGUGGUAACCCAACACGUCUGGGACUAUGCAGGCGACGGCUACGUCCACCGCCUAAUCCAAAACAAAGCCGACGGCAAACUCGUCGACAUGCCCGCCUCGAACCAAUCCUUCAGCGCACCCGGCAUGACCGGCUACUCCAACGACACCGUCCCACGCGAGAAGCUCGACAACAUGGGCAUGGAGUACGCGUACCUACUCACCUCGCAACUCGAAUCCCAACGCGCAUACUUUGAAGAACAGCUCGAACGCGCAGUGGACAAAGCAGCAAAAGCCGCCUCCACCGCCGACGAAGCGACCCGAUCCGUCGCCUCGCUCUCCCAAAAACUCGACCAGCUCUCCACCUCCCAGUCCGAAGCAACAACCACCAUCGCCUCCCUUACCCGCGAAUCUGCGCGCAACGCCCAGAAAGCAACGUCCGCCUCUGAACUCGCCCGCAAACUCACCAAGCAAUACAAAGAAGAGCAGAUUGUGAAUGAGAGCUUGAUGGAGCGGAUUAAGCACUUGGAGAAGAAGGCGGAGGAGGCUGAGAAUAAGGUCAAGGAGCUUGAAGCUCAGAAGGCGGAUCUCGAGGAGCAGAAUCGGGAUUUGAGUUUCUUUAUCAGUGGCCAGGAGAAACUGAAGGAGAUGCAGGGGAAUGAGGUCAUGGGGCUGCAGGAGGGUGAGGUGGAGGGUGGGACCGUGGAGGUGGGUGAGAAGAAGGGGAGGAGGAAGGGGAAGAAGAAGGCUUGA